GUUCAUCAUCAUCUUCAUAUUCUCCCGAACGUCAUGUACAACGGUAUCGGAUUAACCACUCCCCGUGGAAGCGGCACAAAUGGCUAUGUCAUGCGUAACCUCUCGGCACUUCGUGUGCACGAGACGGCCGCAGAUCGAGCUGCUGCCUGGGACGUAGCUCCCCCAAAGCAUAGGGAACCGGACGAAGCUAUUCUAGAACACGAGAGAAAGAGGAAGGUUGAAGUCAAAUGUCUGGAGCUACAACUACAGCUAGAGGACGAUGGUCUGGAUGAAGCAACCAUCGAAACGCGAGUUGACGAACUUCGCACAACUUUGAACAAGGAUUUGGCGUCACUCGCUCCAUCCGCGAAAAAAUUAAAACCAUCUGACACGCAUGGUAUUGCAGCUGCUAAAAAGGCUGAACUCGACAGAAUGGCCCGAGCACUAGGCACGAGAAGUAACUACACGGAGGGCGAUGCAUUUGACCGAGAGAAGCAGGAAGAAAACAAGAUGCGUCGUAUGGUUGAGCGAGAGGAGCGCGAGAGGAAACGCGAAGAAGACAAGUCAAAAUGGUUGGAGCAAAAGCAGAAGUGGGAGGCAGAAAAGAGGGAACGUGAUCGCUUGCGUCGGAGGGAGGAAGAUAGGAUCAGGAGAGAGAAAGAGGAGACCGGCCGAAGGAAAGAGAGAAUGCCCCCUCCUCCCGUUCCUGCAUUCAGAGAUCGACCAAGAGACUAUCGUGGAGAACGUGACCGCAGGAGCCGAAGCCCACGACGUGAAAGAGACAUUCGACGCCGCAGGUCACCUUCUCGGUCUCCUCCACCUCGUCGGCGCUCUCCAUCUCCUCUGCAAUCCAAAAGGUCUCGUUCCCCCGACCGAGCAGGCUAUCGGCAUUCUGGGUCUGUAACACCACCAUCAAGGCGGUCACCGCCUCCCGUAGUUCGCCGCUCGCGUGAGCGUUCAGAAUCACCUCCUCGCCGUGGUCGCGAUCGCUCAGAAACACCACCCCGCCGACGUGGGUGGGAUAGGUCAGAAUCUCCGCCUCGCAAAGACCGCGAGCUCUCACCACCACCUCCCCGUAAUGAAAGUGACCAAGAUCGUGGAAGAAAUAGCUCUCGAUCACCGCGACCCACAGGACGUGGUCGCUCAGCUUCUUCGAAUUCGUCCAUGUCUGCAUCCAUGCACUCUACUGUGCGUCUGGCCCAUCCUCUUCCAACCCGGCUGCAAAUUUUGGCUCGAGGCUCCAGUGCAACCCCAUUAGUAGCACCCAGGCGAUACGCUUCAAAUGUUGUAUCUGAGCUUCCCACAUCCCCCAGCACACGCUACUUGAAGUCUAUAUAUGACUUUUCUGUAAAUACACAAUCUGCUGCGACCAAGAACACUAUAGCGCUCGGGGAUGAAUACAUCCUUCCUGUCUACGCGCGUCCUCCGUUCGUACUCUCUCAUGGACGUGGUAGCUGGGUCUGGGACGCAGAUGGCCGAAAAUUUCUUGAUUUCAGCGCAGGCAUCGCAGUGAACGCAUUGGGACAUGCGGAUCCAGGUGUCUCAGAGGUGCUCCAGCAGCAGUCGGCAACCCUUCUCCAUACCUCAAAUGUAUACUACAACGAGUGGGCGCCAAAGCUAGCGGAGCUUCUAGUGACACUCACUAACAAAGAAGGUGGACUAGGUUACGCUGCUGGCGGCACCUCUCCAUCUUCUUCAGCCGCUAAGCAAGGGGCCAAGGUUUUCUUCUCCAACUCAGGCACCGAAGCGAAUGAGGGUGCUCUGAAGAUAGCUCGUAAAGUUGGAAAGGACCGCUGGGCCACCGCCACUGGUGGAAAAGUUGACGACCCAUCGUGUCCUAAAAUGCGUAUCGUGUGCUUUGAAAACUCUUUCCAUGGUCGAAGUAUGGGUGCUCUGAGUGUCACUUCGACGGAGAAAUACCAGAUGCCCUUUCGACCGCUGAUACCUGGGGUCAGCGUUGGCAAGCUCAAUGAUCUGGAAUGCCUGCAUAGGCUCAUCACUGAUGAUACCUGUGCGGUUAUUGUCGAGCCCAUACAGGGAGAGGGAGGCGCCACUGCCGCAACAGAAGAAUGGUUGAGAGCUCUGCGAAAACGCUGUGACGAGACAGGGGCAGUGUUGAUCUUUGAUGAGAUUCAAUGCGGCCUGUACAGGUCAGGGAAUCUUUGGGCACAUUCGGCGUUGCCGAUUGAUUGCCAUCCUGAUGUUAUCACGAUGGCAAAACCGCUGGCCAACGGUUAUCCAAUUGGUGCCGUAUUGCUUCGUGAUACCAUAGCAUCUACAAUGACAGCAGGCACUCAUGGGACAACAUUUGGAGGGUCACCCACGGCAUGUGCAGUUGGACAUCACGUUCUGAACCGCCUAAGUGAUCGUGUAUUUGUCGCCCAUAUGAAGGAGAUGAGCGGGUACAUGAAUGACCGGCUCGAAGUUUUGCCGAAAUGGUUCUCAGCAAUAUUACAGCCUCACGUGCGCGGUCGUGGUUUCAUCCGAGGCCUUGGAUUCAAUGAUGUGUCACAUCCUGGAGAAGUAGUGCAACUAGCACGGGAGCGUGGAGUGUUCCUGCUGACUGCUGGAAAAGAUGCCGUACGUCUGGUGCCCUCUCUCAAUGUCACUAAGGAGGAAGUGGAUAUAGCUAUGGACGUGCUUGAAGGGUGCCUGUCAUCUUUGCGGGGUUAAGUAGGCUUAAGUAGUUACUUGGUUACAAUGCGGUGAAUACCUAAGACAUGGUCAGAAAAGUUUUAUGAACAGACAUCAUUCUGAGACAUAUUUAUCCCACAUCA